ACAUGCAUAUGUAUAUAAUAUUUGGCGCGAGUUUUUACUGCUGAUCAUUAUUCAUUUAAAUUUGUCCUGAUAGAUGAAAAUAUACGGAAAUAAGAACUAAUAUCAGAGAGCUAAUAUGUAUCUAUAAAUAGAUACAUUUCUAAAAAAUACAGUAUGUCUAGUUUAACACACGUACAACGUGUUAGGAUGCUGUAUAAAACAAUUUUAAGGUUACAUCGUGGUUUACCAGCUGAAAUUCAAGCCUUAGGAACUAGUUACGUCCAAGACGAGUUUAGAAGACACAAGAAUUGUGAUGAAGUUGCAGCAAUCAUAUUUUUAAAUGAAUGGACAGAAUACACUGUAAUGCUUGCUAAACAGCUUGGCUUAAGAGGACCGCAUACAGCUAAGCCACUGGGUAAAGUUUUGAAAGAUGAAGAUAUUAACAAAUUUACAGAUGAACAAGUAUAUCAAUUAUAUGAACUGAUGCUUGCAGCAAGUGGUAAAAGUGAUAAAAAUGCCAAAGAUGUGUAGAUUAAGCAGUUUAAAUGUAUAAAGUAUCUCAAAGUAAUAAACUUGUACAUAAAGUUGUA